CUGCAGCCAACCUCCCCCCAACACACCACCAGCAAAGCACCGCCACCGCCCUCCCCGCGCGCGGCCACCCCACCAACGCACUUCCCCGAGACCACCGCAGCCACCAGCCAAAACCGAAAACCACAGCCGGAAACUCGCCGCAAUCGGAAAGCGAGGAAGGCAAAGCCGCGGCACCACAUAAAGCCGGCCACCCGGCAGCACCCCAAGCACAGCGCCCGCCCGCACCACCACCACCACCAAGCCUGACCAGCCUCCUGCCCACCACCACCCACGCAGCACCCACAGCCCCACCAUGGCUGCGCCCGCAACCCCACAGCCCCGCCGGCCGCACCGCGCCCCGGCGCUCCUGCUCCUCCUGCCGGCUCUCGCCACCGCCCUCGCCUGCCACCACCUGCGUCCCCGCGACGCCACCUUCCCCUGGGACAGCCUCCAGCUCCUCCAGGCCAUGGCUCCCAGCCCGCCACAGCCCUGCCACCACCAGCAGGCGCCCUUCUUCCCCGACACCCUCCUCCACACCAACCACCCACAGCAAGCCGCCGCCACCGCCCUCCGCAUCCUCCAGCACCUCUUCGCCACCCUCAGCAGCCCCAGCGCCCCCCAACACUGGGACGCACAGGCACGACACCACCUCCUCAACAACCUCCAGCACCACAUCCACCAGCUCCAGCAAUGCCUGCCAGCCAACGGCAUGCUCCUCCAAGGCCGAGGGCCCCGCAACCUGCUGCUCAACGUCAACAAAUACUUCCGCCACAUCCACGACUUCCUCCACACCCACAACCACAGCGCCUGCGCCUGGGACCACGUCCGCCUCGAAGCUCGCGUCUGCUUCCAACACCUCCACAACCUCACCCGCACCGUCCCCAGUUAGCCCAGCGACCCCCACCAACCCCCACGGCCCCACGCCCCGCCGCCACCACCGCUUCUGCACCAUCCAUUCAGCCCCAUCCCCGCCUCUGUCCUCCCGCCUCCCCUGACCGACGGCAAGAGCCGACGCAAGAACCGCCCGGCACCCUCAGCCUCCGCUGACGGCUCCUCUCUUUAGAGACCUCGUUCUAUUUAUUUUCACAAUCGUUUUUAUCUAGCUAUUUAUUCACCUAUUUAUUCGACAGAAAAAUAAAGACCUGUUGCAAAAAGCUUG